CUGCAAUUCAACCACCCAUUUGAGCGAUGGUAAUACCUAAUUGGCUAUGUGAUUAGAGGUGUUCGAAUGGUUACCAUGGUAAUUACCAAACCAAACAACUCAAAAUUCUAUUAACCAUGGAAUACAAUAUCAUAACCAAACCGUCCAAACUAAUACAAUAACCAAAUUAAUCAAACUAUAUUUUAAUUGGUUUGGUUAAUUGGUUAACUAGAUUAACUAAUAUGACAUCACAUUAUCAUCAAGUGAGAAAUUUUUCACUGCAUCAAUUCUCAAUUUAUAUGAUGAAUAAAACAUUACAAUGAAUACAUAGUUAUGAUUAACCCUUAAGAAAUAUAUGCAACCAAUACAACUAUCUUACAGUCAAUAGAAGUAUUCACCUAGCAAAAAUAUAUGCCAAUAGUAUGGAGUUAAUUAAUUGGUGUGAUUGUGUUAAUUGAAUUAGUCAUUUAGUCUCUUAGCAAUUAUCAUAAGUUGAAAAAGACCUUCAUUUCAAGUUUUCAUCUAAUAUAUUGUAUGAGUUUUUAUUUAAAUUGGGUGUUCAUAUAUCAUGGUCUACACUCUACACAUACAAAUAUACAGUAUAUGAACAAUAUUGAGCUUUAUUGUUGAUGAGCCUAAAAAGAAUGAAUGUUCGGCCUCUUGAGUGCAGUGGCGGAGGGAAGUGUCAAGGAGAGGGGUCCUAGGACCCCACUUGGCCAAAAAUAUAUAGAUAUAUGGGGUUGUGUACGAUUAUUCAAGUUCUAUAACCCCAUAAUCUCGUCGAUCUUAGCUCACAUAAGGACCCCAAUCAACUCAAAGUUCAUUAGAUACCCAACCAUUAGUAUUAGUAAAUUUUUAAGGACCCCAAUGAACACAAAGUCUGGCUACGCCACUGCUUGAGUGGUUAUGCUAAGUAUUAAGUAUGUGUAUAUAAUAUAUAUUAGAUAUACGGAUAAUUACUUAACUGGUUAAUUUGGUUAGGAGUGUCUAAAACCAAACCAAACCACUUAAACCAAACAAGCUAAUUUUUUUAACCAAACCAAUUAUUCAAAUUAACCAAACCAAAUUAAACAAAUAUUACCGAUUAAAACGAUUACCACGAUAACCACACCGUUUAACACCUAUUCUUGGAAAGUUGGCUAUGGAUCUUGGAUAAUGAUUGUUCGUUGUAUUGUCCCGCUCAAUCUAAUCCAUAAGGAAACCGAAUACGUUAAACAAAAAAAAAAUGUAGAGAUCAGAUUACAGAACAUUCAAGUAUUUGUCCCAUUCGAUCUCUUACACUUUUGACUUUACCAAAAAAAAAAAAAAAGGGUCCAUGUGAAGUUGUGAACAUAUCCGGUCCAGCAACUUACAUAGAAUCGCGCGCCAUAAUUAACUGCCAAAUCCGCACCAUUCCGUUUCCGCCACUUGGCCGCCCCAACCGCCCUGCCACGUCACCACCUCCCGCAGUAAGCGUAUAAACCCGGGGAGGAGGAGAAGCUACGUCUUCUUCCCCGUCAAAACUCUUGAAAUUCAAUCUUCCAAACGACGACACGCUCUUCCAUUUUGUUUUUUUUUUGCUUGCAUCCCCAAUUCCGAUCAAAAUCUCUCUCCCAAAAAUGGAAACCCGGAACAACCCCAAUCCAUCCUCCGGCGACGACGCCGAGAUCGUUUCCCGCCGAAUCCAGCGUCUUUCCCUGCACCUGAACCCAAUCCCCUGCCCGCUGCCGGACGCCGACCGACAAAUCGGGAUGGCGGCCUGCGCCAGGGCGAAGCUGGAGGUGGACACCGGGAAGCUGUCGGGCUACAUGAGAGGGCCCCACAGAGACGUACAGGAGAAGGUUUUCGAGUACUUUGAGUCCCGGCCGGAGCUACAGACGCCGCUGGAGAUUUCCAAAAACGACCACCGGGAGCUCUGCUGGCGGCAGCUUGUGGGUUUGGUCAGGGAGGCUGGAAUCAAGCCUUUUAGGUAUGUGGCUGAUGAUCCCGCCAAGUAUUUCGCCAUUCUCGAGGCUGUGGGUAGCGUGGAUAUGUCGCUUGGGAUCAAGAUGGGUGUCCAAUACAGUCUUUGGGGUGGUUCUGUGAUCAACCUCGGAACUCAAAAGCAUAAGGAUAAAUAUUUUGAUGGCAUAGAUAAUCUGUACUAUCCGGGUUGCUUUGCUAUGACAGAGCUCCAUCAUGGCUCAAAUGUGCAGGCACUGCAAACUGCUGCAACAUUCGACCCAAUAACCGACGAAUUCAUAAUUAACACCCCAAACGAUGGGGCUAUAAAAUGGUGGAUUGGUAAUGCUGCAGUUCACGGGAAAUUUGCCACUGUUUUCGCCCGACUAAUGCUGCCAACUCAUGACUCCAAGGCAGUUUCAGACAUGGGUGUUCAUGCGUUCAUUGUCCCCAUUCGACAUCUAGAAACACACGAAACACUUCCAGGUAUCGAGAUACACGAUUGUGGCCAAAAGGUUGGCCUCAACGGGGUAGACAAUGGUGCAUUGAGAUUCAACUCAGUAAGGAUCCCUCGCGACAAUCUACUCAACAGAUUUGGUGAUGUGUCACGAGAUGGAAAGUAUUCGAGUUCCCUUCCCACUGUAAACAAAAGAUUUGCUGCUACGCUAGGCGAGCUCGUGGGAGGAAGAGUGGGGCUCGCGUAUUCCUCUGUAGCCGUCCUCAAGCUUGCUGGCACAAUCGCUAUCCGCUAUUCAUUGCUACGUCAGCAGUUUGGCCCACCUAGAAAGCCUGAAGUCAGCAUCCUCGACUACCAGUCUCACCAGCACAAGCUAAUGCCCAUGCUCGCUUCAACUUAUGCUUUCCAUUUUGCUACUUCCUAUUUGGUGGAGAAGUAUGCAGAGAUGAAACGAACUCACGACGAACAGUUGGUUGGAGAUGUCCAUGCCCUGUCGGCGGGCCUCAAAGCAUAUGUGACGUCGUAUACUGCUCGGUCGCUGAAUGUGUGCAGGGAAUCUUGUGGGGGCCAUGGAUAUGCUGCUGUGAAUCGGUUUGGUACUCUGAGAAAUGAUCAUGAUAUUUUCCAGACGUUCGAAGGGGAUAACACGGUGCUUCUUCAGCAGGUUGCAGGCGAUCUCUUGAAGAGAUACCAGGAGAAGUUCCAAGGCGGGCCACUGACAGUGACGUGGAACUAUCUAAGAGAGUCGAUGAAUUCAUACUUAUCUCAGCCAAACCCAGUAACAGCACGUUGGGAAAGUGAAGAUCACUUGCGAGAUCCUAAGUUCCAGUUGGAUGCUUUCCGAUACCGAACAUCUCGAUUGCUCCAAAGCGUUGCAGUCCGUCUUCGCAAGCACACGAAGACACUUGGAGGAUUCGGUGCUUGGAACCGCUGCUUGAAUCACCUUCUCACCCUGGCCGAAUCUCAUAUUGAGACCGUCAUCCUUGCAAAGUUCAUUGAAGCUGUGCAGAACUGCCCGGAUCCAAGUGCACGUUCUGCUCUGAAACUUGUUUGCGAUCUCUACGCCUUGAACAGAAUAUGGAAUGACAUUGGAACUUACCGCAAUGUUGACUACGUCGCACCAAACAAAGCUAAGGCAAUCCACAAGCUGGCAGAGUACUUGAGUUUCCAAGUCAGGAAUAUUGCGAGGGAAUUGGUAGAUGCAUUUGAUCUUCCAGAUAAUGUUACCAAAGCACCAAUUGCAAUGCAGUCAGAAGCUUAUUCUCAGUAUACCAAUUAUGUCGGGUUCUAGAAAUUUUGCCUUCGUUGAGCUAAAUCAAUACGUAUAGUGCUCACAGUGGAAUUCAAGCAGCAGAUAGUUAUAGAUAUCUUAUGUUGUGCUGUCUUUCGAAUUGUCUGGAAUUAUAUAUAUAGCCAUUCAGCAUUGAAGCAAAAGUUCAUUAGCAUGAGGAACGAGGAACUGCCAAACUGGCGGGAGCUCAGAGAUAUACAGGGUUUGCAUCUUACCCAUUGUAUGAACUAUAGUCAACCUAAUACACCACAUUAUAUUGGCUUCUACGGUUUAUUCUGAACAUUGCCAUCGUAUAAUUUGUUAGAGAAGAAGUAUUGACAUUUACUGCACUCUGCAGGAGAAAACAAGUUACUGUAGAACAUAUAAUAGUUUACUUUUCAAUUAGACUUUCUCUAUUUCAACUCUCAAUAACUUAAAUUCCAGUAC